AUGGCUACACGGGGUAGCAGAGCGGAGAAAGUGAAGAGAAUUUUCCAGCAAUUCGACUUGAACAAAGAUGGAGGUCUCAACAGAGAAGAUAUGGUGGCUUUAGUCGUUGCCGUCAACCCUAGAGUUAAGUUCAGCGAUGAGCAGAUCAAUGCAAUCCUCAACGAGGUCCUCUGCACCUAUGGUGAGUUCAUCGAUGGAAAAAAGGGUCUUACCUAUGAGGGUCUUCUCCGUACCUACGAUGACGGUGCUGGCGAUGCCUCUUCAUCAUCAAUUGCCGAUGAGAGGGUGGUCGAUCCUCAUAAGAGGCAAAGGACCACUGCUUGGGCGGUUUCACCGAACCAUGGGAUCAUCUUUGACAAUACGUGGAAGCUUGUUGAUGAUUUGGAGAUUUUGGUGAAGAGGUUGAAAGCAAAGCAGGUCAAGGAUGGAGCAAUGAAGGGGGAUAACUUUGAUGUCUACUCCGACCCUGGCUGGUCUAGGGAAUUGGGACCCUCUUCGGAGCUCUCGGUCUCGGAGAAAAGGAUCUUCUGGGACGACUCCACCCACGACUACGCCGUGUUUGUGAAGGAAUUGGGGAUUCUUAGAAGCAGAGCAGACGGCGCAAGGUGCAAAGAAGAAGCUUUCGAUGGGCACAUGGCGAUUGGUCGGGUUCUUUACAAGCACCAGAGAUAUGUUGAGUGA